UUGGAUUGUUUCUUCUUGUACUGCGCAGAGGCUUACAUGGACGGUAUUGAAAUCUGCUUUCGCACAGCGAGCUCAGAGUUUGCAUGUCCUCCAAAGGAAUAAACAGAGAUCGCCACAAGUAGCAGACAGUACUGGUGGAGGUUCGACUGACUUGAAGUUACCAAACGAGGAAAGCAUUAGGGACAGGGUGAAUACUCUAUUGGUGGUUACCACACUUAUUGCCACAAUGGCAUUUGCAGCCGGUUUCACAAUGCCAGGUGGCAACAACGGUGACGCCCCUCAGGAGGGCAUGGCAAUCUUGCUAACCAACGCUAUGUUCCAAGCCUUUGUGAUUUGUAACACCAUAGCUAUGUAUACUGCCAUCCUUGUUGCAGUCUGUCUCAUAUGGGCGCAGUUGGGGGACUUAAAUUUGGUGGACACAGCUCUCCGUCUGGCAUUGCCGCUGUUGGGGAUUGUGCUUACCAUGAUUUCCUUAGCCUUCAUGGCUGGGGUUUAUGUGGUAGUUAGCAAUCUUCAUUGGCUUGCAUAUGUUGUAUUGAUCCUGGGAGUCCUUUUCAUUUUCACCGUCUUAGUAGUUUUCACUCCACUCUUCUGCAAAACUACUUCUAGGUUCCGCAUCUUUCGUUGGAUCACUUAUUUUCUCUUCUGUGUGGAAGUACGGGCUUCUGGAAGUCACAACGAUGACUAAGAAGAAGACUGAUCUCCUUGGUUGCGCGACACUGUGGGCCUUCAAACUUAUCAUCUUGGAAUGUUUAAGUGGUAGAGUUCUUGUGUUCCCUAAAAAAAAGUAGUAGUUUUUAUGUUUCAUGCACUUUAUGUUGUAGUUAAGAACUUUUUGAGAAUGUAUGUAUUAUUA